AUGGCUCGUUCGACAAUAUCCUCCUCCUCCGAGACGGUCAAUGACAGAAACCUCCAACCAACCACUUCGACAGACCCUGAAAAGUCAGGUCCUCAACCCAUUGCCAAAACAGAAGCCAGCAUACACCCAGAACCUGCCAACGCCGUAGCGGCAGAUCUUGAGCGUGGUGACAAUGAUGAGAAGAAACAGGAACAACCGCCAGCAGGCCCUCCCCCAGGAAUGGCACCAGCUGAUUUCCCCGAUGGUGGUUUCGAGGCUUGGCUUGUUGUCUUUGGUGGAUGGUGUGCUCUGUUCUGCACAUUCGGCCUUGUCAACUGCGUGGGUGUGUUCCAGAAAUACUAUGUUUCUGGACCGCUUAGGGACUAUGAUAGCUCUGCCGUGAGCUGGAUCACCUCUGUUGAGGUGUUCUUCAUGGUCUUCUGUGGUGCCAUUUUUGGCAGUCUGUUCGACAACCACGGCCCCAAGUACCUUCUGUGGUUUGGGUCCAUCGCCUACAUCUUUGGUCUCAUGAUGAUUUCUUUGUCGAAAGAAUACUAUCAGUUCUUCCUCUCACAGUCCAUCGUCGCAGCCAUUGGAUCAAGCGCUGUCUUCAACGCUUGCAUGUCCUCGCUCGUCACCUGGUUCUUCAAGCGUAGAGCUGGCGCCUUCGGUAUCAUGGUCUCAGGCUCGUCCCUCGGAGGUGUUGUUCUUCCAAUCAUGAUGGACAAGAUGAUUCAGAGCGUCGGCUUUCCCUGGAUGAUGCGGACCAUGGCUUUCAUGUUCCUCGUUUUGCUUGUCUUCUCUUGUCUCACUGUCAAAUCGCGUCUACCUCCUCGCCCCAAGCCCUUUAUUGUCAAGGACUACAUCAACGGUCUCCGCGAACUUCCCAUACUCAUCACUGUCAUAGGCUUCUUUUUCUUCAUGUGGGGCAUGUUUCUUCCCUUCAACUAUGUCCUCCUGCAGGCUCAGGCUGCGGGCAUGUCUGAGACUCUGAUCCCUUACCUGCUACCUAUUCUCAAUGCUGUGAGUAUCUUUGGUCGUAUUAUUCCCGGCAUUAUCGCCGACAAGAUCGGUCGAUACAACGUCAUGAUCAUCAUCACAUUCAUAUCCGCCCUCUUUUGUUUCUGUGUCUGGAUUCCUGUCAAAGAUACAGCCGGCAUUGUCGUAUUUGCUGUCAUAUUUGGGUUCUCAUCUGGUGGCUAUAUCAGUCUCGUCCCGACUCUCAUCGCACAGCUCUCCGAUAUUCGCCAGAUUGGUACUCGUGUUGGUGCAGCGUUUGCGAUUCAGUCUUUUGGUGCUCUGACAGGAAGUCCCAUCGCUGGGGCUAUCGUGUCUGCUCAGAAUGGUGACUAUCUGGGUCUGCAGCUGUUUUGUGGCUGUUCUAUGUUGGCCGGUUGCAUAUUUUUCAUCUUUGCGCGCUAUGUGCAAGUCGGGUUGAAGGCUGUCAAGGUCUGA